GCAUUAUUAAAGUGCUACAAACCAAAUUAUCUAUUUGGAUACCACACUCCACUUCAACCCAUUGUUUCUUAACCUCACUGAACUGAAACUUUACUCUUGAAAGAAAAAUGACAAAAAAAUAUUGUUACAAAGAUUUGGUUCCUUUUGGUGCCAUGGUAACCAUGGAAUGCAUCAACGUUGCUUUGAACACUCUCUUCAAAGCUGCUACCUUAAAAGGAAUGAGUUACCAUGUUUUUGUUGUCUAUGCUUAUGCUGUUGCUGCUUUUGUUCUUCUUCCUUCACCCUUUUUCUCCAAAAGAUCAAGAGUUCUUCCUCCUUUGAGUAAACCUGUAUUAUACAAAAUUGGUCUUCUUGGGUUGAUAGGAAGUUCAUCUCAGAUAAUGGGUUAUACAGGUAUUAGUUUGAGUUCUCCAACUCUUUCAUCAGCUAUCAGCAACUUGGUGCCAGCUUUUACCUUCUUGCUUGCCAUCAUUUUCAGGAUGGAAAAAGUAGCUAUAAGAAGUUCAAGUAGUCAAGCCAAAGUGUUGGGGACCAUAGUGUCUAUAUCAGGAGCAUUUAUAGUGACACUUUACAUAGGACCACCAAUCAUCAUUCCACAUAGACCUUCACUUUCACUUCAUCAAACUCUUAAAUCUUCAGAUCAAAAUUGGGCCAUUGGUGGCCUUCUACUUACAGCUGAGUAUAUAUUGGUUCCCAUGUGGUACAUUGUACAGGUUCAAAUUAUGAAGGUGUACCCGGAUGAACUAACAGUGAUCUUCUAUUACAACUUAAGUGUGAGCAUUAUUGCUGCAAUUGUAGGAGUGAUAAGUGAGCCAAAUGCAAGUGCUUGGAAAAUAGGAUUUGAUACAUCACUUGCUUCCAUCCUUUGCUCGGGAUUUUUUGGAUCAUUCUUGAACAAUACUGUUCACGCAUAUGUACUGCGUAUAAAGGGGGCGGUGUAUGUUGCAAUGUUCAAACCACUCUCAAUUGUCAUAGCUUGUGCCAUGGGAGUAGUGUUCCUUGGUGAUACUCUCCAUCUUGGAAGUUUAGUUGGAGCGACAAUAAUAUCGAUUGGGUUUUAUACUGUAAUGUGGGGUAAAGCAACGGAAGAAGAGGUGGUUGAAGAUGUCCCUAGCCACGAAACACCAACUACACAGAAUGUUCCUCUCUUGCAAAGCUAUGAAGCUGAUAGAGUUGAAAAGAAAAUGGAUGCAAGUGUAUAAAAGAAACUAGCAGCAUAGUAUCUAAAUGCCUAAGGGGACAUCAUAUUUAAGACUAUUAAAAAACAAUUCAACUGAAUGAGAAUAGUAUCCUUUUCACAAGUUUUCUACAGAGAAGGUAGCAACCUCUGCAAGUUGGGGGGAACAACAAUAUGUACAAAAGUGACUGAAGAUUGAAGACAAGAGAGCAACAAUAUUGUCUAUUGUACAAAAGGCAUUUGGGAAGAUUCUAUAAAUAGAACAACUCUAUUUGGAGAAGGACAACAAAAUUCAUUUGUUUCUAAUCCAAAACUCUGCCAAAAUGAAAACUCUAAAUCAUUUCCUCCCUUCUCUUGUGCAUAAAUUGAAGUAAGGGAACUGUUGUUUUGUAAACAAUCAUUUCAUAUUAUAUUGGAAGUAUAACUCAUAUCAAAAAACUUCAAAGUAUCA